AUGGCCAUUAUUCACCCUGAAUCGGCCCUUGCUAUAGCUGUUGCUGCUGCUACCUGUUUCGGCGAUGCUGCAAAAUACAUAUGGGACGUUCCGAGCUGGUUAGCCUGCUCGCCAGCAAACUCAACUCCGUUUGAAUGGCUGACUGAGUGGACUGAUGCGGAUGAAAUAGAGUUGAGAAGCGGCUCUGUCAAGAGCAGCUCAACUGGGAAUGAUGAAGAUGAGCUGCUGCCGCUGCUGCUGCUGGCGGAUUACAAUUCGGUGAACCCUAGUGAGUUCAUCACUGCGGAGUGGACGGCUGCUGAUGAGGCAUACCUGAGAAAUGGUGCUCUCAGCCGUCGUGUCAGUGAGGAUGACUGCGAAUGGCUGGCUGAGAAUGCGCAGGUUGACCCUGCUGAACUUAUCACAGUGUGGACAGCUGCUGAUGAGGCGUUCCUGAGGUCUGGUGCUCUCAGCCUUGGUGACAGUGAGAGUGACUGCGAAUGGCUGGCAGAAGAUUCGCAGGUGGACCCCUCUGAAUUCAUCACCGAGUGGACGGAAGCUGAUGAAGCCUAUCUGAGAGAUACGACUGUCAGGUGCUUCUCAGCACCGACUUCCAAGCCAGCAGCAAAGGCUGCAGCUUCCAAGCCAGCAGCAAAGGCUGCAGCUUCCAAGCCAGCAGCAAAGGCUGCAGCUUCCAAGCCAGCAGCAAAGGCUGCAGCUUCCAAGCCAGCAGUCAAGGCUGCAGCUCCCAAGCCUGCAGUCAAGGCUGCAGCUUCCAAGCCAGCAGCAAAGGCUGCUGCUUCCAAGCCAGCAGUCAAGGCUGCAGCUCCCAAGCCUGCAGUCAAGGCUGCAGCUCCCAAGCCUGCAGCCAAGGCUGUAGCUCCCAAGCCUGCAGCCAAGGCUGCAGCUCCCAAGCCUGCAGUCAAGGCUGCAGCUCCCAAGCCUGCAGUCAAGGCUGCAGCUCCCAAGCCUGCAGUCAAGGCUGCAGCUCCCAAGCCUGCAGCCAAGGCUGCAGCUCCCAAGCCUGCAGUCAAGGCUGCAGCUCCCAAGCCUGCAGUCAAGACUGCAGCUACCAAGCCUGCAGUCAAGGCUGCAGCUCCCAAGCCUGCAGUCAAGGCUGCAGCUCCCAAGCCUGCAGUCAAGGCUGCAGCUCCCAAGCCUGCAGUGAAACCAACAGCAGCUCCUGUCACGGCCAGUGCCAGUGCUGCUCGCGUGGCGCCUGAGGCAAGCAGUGCAGAAGGGUUUGCAGGGAAGAACAAGGAGGACAAGUGGGUGGUGGAGCAGCAAGGGGAUUCAGAGGGGUGUUCACAUACCAAGAGGCCGGCAAUGGGGAGUGCGAGGGGGUGGGUGGGGGGGAAGGUCAGGUGA